AUGAUUAGUCCACCAUCAUUACCACCUCCAUUUGAUCCAAAUAAGAGUUUUCAACCAGUUUGGCGUCAAGCUUAUCAAUGGCUUAAUCAAUGUCAUGUUUUAUCACCUGAAGCUAAUCGUAUUUUAAGUUCACCAACUAGCACCAUCGAAGAUUUAGCAGUUAUCUUAACAGAUGGUAUUGUCUUAUGUAAUUUGCUCAAUUAUUUAGUACCUGGAAUAAUUAAUUAUACAGAUGUUUCCUUUCGACCACAAAAAAGUCGUUUUCUUUGUUUACAAAAUAUUCGUUUAUUUUUGGAUACAUGUAGACGUGAAUUAAAUUUUCGUGAUCGAGACCUAUUCGAUCCAUAUAUGUUAUUUGAUAAAUAUGACUUAGAUAAAAUUAUUGAAACUCUAUCCAAAAUCUCACGAUUAGAUGUAGCAAAAAGAAAAAAUUUAACACCUUUUCCAAUCAGUAGCCCAGUGAAUUAUGUUAAUAUGCCUAAAGAUGAUGAUAAUGGUCUAUUACCAAUUAUUCGUUCACUUGAUGAAACAAUACCUACACAAGGACCACCUAAAUUACAACGACAAUCAUCUUUAUGUCAUUCAUGUCGUUAUGCACGUAUUCAUCAUGUACCUUCAUUUCAUACCACAAAUCUACCUCAAAUAACAAAACAAGAAUCAUCAUUUAUGAAAACAACAAGUUCAACAAAUUUAAAUGAAUCAUUAUCAUCAUCAUCACUUGUUGCUGCUUGUGCUGCAUCAGCAUUAUCAUCAGCAGCAGCAAUAACAGAUAAAAAUUCAAAUGAUUUAAUAACAUCAUUAACAAAUCAUCGUUUAUCAACAUCGUCUCUUCCAUUUUCAAUAUUAAAUGGUGAUACAGGUGUUUAUGGUUCACGUAUAAGCAUCGCAGAUGAUGUUUAUGAACAAUUAUGUGAAAAACCAAAAAAAUCUGAUACUCAUAGAGCAUUCCUUCCACGUGAUCAUUGUGUAAAAGAAUUACUCGAUACAGAAUUGAAUUAUCGCGAUUCAUUAUAUCAAAUAGUGACGAAUUUUAUCGAACCAUUACCGUUAAAGCCAGAUGAAAGAAAAAAAAUUUUUCUAAAUAUUUCUGAUAUUUAUGCAUUACAUUCAGAAUUUUAUGAUGAUUUACGUGCAGCUGGUCGAAAUGAAAAAGGUCGUACAUCACGUAUUGUAGAUUUAUUUACAAGAUGGCAAGAUCGAUUUCUUAUUUAUGCUAAAUAUUGUUCUGAAUUACCUGAUGCUCAAGAAUUUCUUGAUCGAAAAAUAAAACAAGAUGCAAAUUUUGCUCAAAAACUUGAACAAUGUCGUCAGUCAGCAGGUGAACUUGGUAAAUUUCAACUACGUGAUACAGUUGUUUUACCAUUUCAACGAAUUGUUAAAUAUUCACUAUUAUUACACACAAUGAAAAAAAAUGUUCCAUCAACCGAUCAAAAUGGUGAUGCAAAACGACAAUUAUUAGAAAAAGCUGAACAAUUAAUGAUUGAUGUUAAUCAAUAUAUAAAUGAAGCAAAACGUGCACAUGAUAAUUUAAAAGUUAUAAAUAAUAUUGAGAAAACAAUCUGUGAUAUUAAAUUACCAUCAGAUAGAUGUUUACGUAGUUAUGGUCGAUUCAUAGCUGAUGAACAAUUUACUGUUAGUGAUGAUGGACAUCGAGGUGGAACAAGAACUGUGUUUCUAUUUGAUCGUGUUCUUUUAAUAUGCAAAGUUAAAGGUUCAGAAAAAUAUACAUUUCGUGCAGCUUUAUUUAUUCAAGGAUGUCAAAUAGAAGAAUUAAAAGCAACAAAACGCGAGUUUCCAUUUAUUUUACGUGAUAAUAUGAAGCAUGAAUAUAGAUUUGUUGCAAAAACCGAAGAAAAACGUACAUAUUGGCUUAAAAAUUUACGAGAUGCUAUUGAUCGAUGUUCAAAUUCAGAAUUAUUUGAAAAUGGACAUUAUUUUCAAAUGAAAUCAUUCGAUGAAAUCAAUCCACGUUGUGAUCUUUGUAAUCGAUAUUUAUGUGGAAUAUUUUAUCAAGGUUAUGAAUGUUCAAGAUGUCAGAAGAAACUUCAUCGAGAAUGUAUCAAAAAAAUGGGAUCAUGUUUUCAUCGAGCAUCACUUGAACGUAUUCGAAGUUUUGAUCGAGGUUCAAUUGAGUUACCACGUGCAUUUACCAGUGCAUCUAAUGUUAAUAACCACAAUCGAGUUUAUGCUUUAUAUGAUUAUGAUGGCUCAAUAAAUAAUAACAAUAAUAGAUCUCAUAUGAAUCGAUUUGAUGAACGACAUAUUAAAGUUAAUGAAGGUGAUGAACUUGAAAUAAUUGAAGAUGAUGAUGAACAUAUGUGGAAAGUAAAAAAUUUACGAACUAAUGAAAUUGGUCUUAUUCCUGCAACAUUGGUUGGUACAAUUGAUGGUGAUUUACAAAAAGCAAUUCAACGUUCAUCAACAACUCUUGCUGAAACAUCAUCAUUGCGUUCGAACAUAUCAUCAACACUUGCACAUCAUUUUCCCUUUCUUCGUUCACUUGUUCAAGCGUAUAGUCCACCUAAUCCAAUACGUGUAUCAAUUGGAAAUACAUAUUCAAAUCCACCAUCAUCAAAUAAUAAUAAUAAUAAUAGUAAUAGUAAUAAUACUAUACCUAUUCAACGCUCAAAAUCUAUUUCAUCACCAACAACACCUGAAACAAUAUCAUAUAAACAUCGAACAUUACAAUUAUCAUCUUCAUUUGAUAAUACACAUUUAUCAUCGACAUUUGUUCCAAUCUUACCGAAUAAUCGUCUAAAUGAUUGGUAUCUUGAUAUUAGUCGACAUCAAGCAGAAGAUAUAUUAAGAAAUGAAACUGUGCCGAAUAAUACAUUUCUUGUUCGAAAACAAGGAAAAAAUGAAGGACAUGCAAUAUCAAUUAAACAUAAUAACGAAGUAUAUCAUAUUCGAAUAUAUACUCAAGAAAUUGAUGGUUCUGUUAAACACUAUCUAGUUGAUAGUCUUCUUUUCGACAGUUUACAAUCUUUAAUUCAAUAUUAUCAAAUACAUUCACUUGAAGAUCGUUUUCCUCCUGUUAAAAGCUCAUUGGUACAUCCUAUAGCACAUAUGGCUAAAUAUGUAUCUGUUCGAUCGAAUUGGUCAUCUAUAAAUUCAAUAUCGCUUGAUCUUGUUUGUGAUAUUAGUAUUGAGGAAAUUGAACAAACAACAAUGAUGAAUAAACAAGAAGAAACUAAUGAUGAUAAUAAUCUUAGAAAAACUACUUCAUCAGAUGAGAAUAUUACAAGUGUAAUUCUUCGAUCGAAUGAAACAGACAAACGAGAAGAUCCAAUUAUAAUAUUAAGUGUUCUUCAACCAGAUGAAUAUCAUAUUAUUUCCAUUCAAUUUUUAUCCAAUGCUAAACAUAUGGAAUUUUAUCAUCGAGAAUAUAUUGGUAGUUGUCAAGGUUCCCGUAUAACUGAACUUGAUAGUGAAUCGAUUUAUGAAAUAACAUUUGAAUUUAAUCAAUUUCAUGAAGAAAUAACAUUAAAAUGUUUAAAACUUGCUGAUAUAACACAAUUAAUAGUUUAUUGUUUACAAAUAAAUCUAAGUAAAAAAAAAUUCAAUGUACAAUCACUACCAAUGAUGAAUUUACCAUUUGAUUUAAAUCGUGUACGUUCAAUGAUUGAUGAAACAAAUUUAUCAUCAAAUGCUCGUCAAUUUAUGAAUGAUCUUCAACAUAUACAAGAACAACGACGUACAAAAGAAACUUCUUCUUCUUCUUCAUCGCAACAAUUGAAUUUAAGUCAAAUUAUGUUAAUGAUGAAAGGUUAA